AUGGAAGGAAUAAAUCCAGUAGAAUCCAAGAAUGUUAUCAAAAACUUUCUGAAAAUGGGUGUAUCUGCCAUUGCAUACCUCAGGAAUCUUUUUGCGGAAUCUAUAUUUGAGGAUGCCACAAUCGCCGGGUUACCAUUGAAACGGCUUACACGAGCGACUCCAGAGUCAUCAGCCCUGAUAGAUUGGAUUGAUUGUGGAAUAUAUGAUGCACUGGGAAAGGAAUACCUAAAGGCUCUUGCAAUAACCAUACAUGACAACAAGGAUGUCCCCUUGGAAUCAUACAAUUUUUCAUUUAACUAUGAUGUGGAAAAUACAGAAUGCGGGAAUUCUGAAGAUAAUAACUUAAUUCAGGUUUUUGUCUCUGAAGGAACAGGAGCAAAUGAAAAGAACUCUGUUGGAACACUUACAGUUAACAAGGAUCAAAUUAAAACGCAAACAAUUCAGGUUUUGAGAGACCUGAUACUUCUAAUCCAAUCGUUAUCUCCUCUCCCUGAAAACAGAUUUAUUUCAAUGAAGCUUCUUUACUACGAUGCGAAAGUUCCAAAAGGAUAUGAACCACCAUUUUUUAGACAAGCUACUGCUACUGAAAGGGCCGUGCAGGAUCAUUCCAAUAUUAAGCAAGAUAUAGGAAUGGUGAGAAAGCACCUUAGCCUUUCAAAUAUAUGA